GUCACCAGGCAUCAGGUCAUUUGGCUCGUCAGCGGGCACCGCGUCAUCUGGCAAGGCAGUGGGCACCGAGUCACCAGGCACGACAGUGGGCUCAGAGUCAACUGGCAUUGGAUCGUCUGGCCCGACAGCGGGCAUCAGGUCACCAGGCAUGACAGCGGGCACUGGGUCAUCAGGCAUUGGAUCGUCUGGCUCAACAGCGGGCAUCGGGUCACCAGGCAUGACAGCGGGCACUGGGUCAUCAGGUACCGGAUCGUCUGGAUCAACAGCGGGCAUCGAGUCAACUGGCCUAAUGGAAUCAUCAGGCUGGAUCAGUUCAUCAGGCUGAAUGGAGGCAUCAGGCUGAAUGGAGGCAUCAGGCUGAAUGGAGGUAUCAGGCUGGGUAGAGGCAUC